AUGACGGUCUCCUACACGCUCAAGGUGGCCAACGCGCGCUUCGGCGGCUUCUCCAAGCUGCUGUUCCGCUGGCGGGGCAGCAUCUACAAACUCCUCUACAAGGAAUUCCUGGUGUUCCUCUCCCUCUACGCGCUGCUCAGCGUCACUUACCGGAAGCUGCUGACCGAAGAACAGAAGCGGUUGUACGCCCAGAUCGCUCAUUACUGCAACCGCUCCACCGACCUCAUCCCCAUGUCCUUCGUGCUGGGCUUCUACGUGACGCUGGUGGUGAACCGCUGGUGGGCUCAGUACACCAGCAUCCCCCUCCCCGACCAGCUCAUGUGCGUGGUGUCCAGCACGGUGCACGGGGCCGACGAGCAGGGCCGUCUGCUGCGCCGCACGCUGCUCCGCUACGCCAACCUGUCGGCCGUGCUCGUGCUGCGAUCCGUCAGCACCCGCGUCCUCAAGCGCUUCCCCACCAUGGACCACGUCGUCGAGGCGGGCUUCAUGUCCUCGGAGGAGCGGAAGAAGUUCGAGAGUCUCCACUCGGACUUCAACAAGUACUGGAUCCCCUGCGUCUGGUUCACCAACCUGGCCGCCCGGGCCCGCAAGGAUGGACGGGUCCGCGACGACAUCUCUCUCUGCCUGCUCUUGGAAGAGCUGAAUAAAUACCGAGCCAAGUGCAGCAUGCUUUUCCACUACGACUGGAUCAGCAUUCCCCUCGUGUACACUCAGGUAGUCACCAUCGCCGUCUACUCCUUCUUCGCCUUCUGCGUGAUCGGCCGCCAGUUCCUGGAGGCGGAGGAGGGCGCGGACUCCACCGGGUCCGGCGAGCUGGACCUGUACGUGCCCCUGUCCACGCUGCUGCAGUUUUUCUUCUACGCCGGCUGGCUGAAGGUGGCCGAACAGAUCAUCAAUCCUUUCGGGGAGGACGACGACGACUUCGAAACCAACAAGCUCAUUGACCGCAACCUGCAGGUGUCCUUCCUGUCGGUGGACGACAUGUACCAGAACCUGCCCGCGGCCGAGAAGGACAAGUACUGGGACGAGAGCACGGCCCAGCCGCCCUACACCGUGGCCACGGCCGCGGAGACCCUCCGGCCUUCCUUCCUGGGUUCCACCUUCAACCUGCGCAUGAGCGAGGACCCGGAGCAGAGCCAGCAGGUGGAGGCGGGCUCUCCGGGGCCGGCCCCCCGCCCCACGCCGCUGCUCGGCCGCCUCCUGGGCACCGCCGCCCCCUCCCCGUCCGUCGGCCUCAAGAACCUGGGAAGGGGCGGCCGGGGUCCCCGCACCCCCCGGCUCCUGCGGCCCAGGGCCGAGCCCGGCGGGCUGCCCUCCUCCCCCAACCCCUUCCGCCGCGAAGACCCCGAGGCCGUGGCCCGCAUCUCCGAAGAGGACACGGACGGAGACGAGACCCUCGCCCGCCCGGAACCCCGCCCCGUCACCGGGCGGGCCCCGUCCGCCGACAGCCUCAUCUUGCUACCCCCCGUCCCGUCGUCGCCUUGA